AUGAUAUUUAAAAAUAACCCAGGGGUAUUUAUAAUUAAUUAUGAUACAGGUAUAUGGGAAGCCCCAUUAGACUCUGAUUUUAUGGAUCUAUUAAAGGAAUUGCCAUGGCUUAGUAUCUGUACUUCAAGUAUUGAGAGAACUUGGAAGGGUUUGAAUGUGUAUACAUGGUCAUAUAACCAUUAUUAUAUAGUAUUUAUUGCAUCCAUUAUAUACAUAUUGCUUAUAUAUUUUGGACCCAAGAUAAUGAGAUAUAGAAAUGCCCUCAAACUUGAUGGUCUUCUGAGAUAUUGGAAUUUGUCAUUAUCUAUGUUUUCAAUAAUUGGAUCAAUAAAGAUGUCUGUUUACUUAAUAACAAUUAAUCUUCGUUAUGGUUUUAUUACUUCAAUAUGUACACCUGCUUACAUUUCUCUUAUUAAAGGUCCAACAGGAUUGUGGCUGACUUUAUUUAUAUAUUCUAAAUAUGCAGAACUAGUUGAUACUUUAUUCAUUGUUUUAAGGAAAAAACCCUUAACAUUUUUGCAUUGGUUCCAUCACUUGACAGUAUUAUUAUAUACCUGGGACGCUUAUACUUCUACACAGACAAUAGGUAUGUAUUUCUGUACAAUAAACUACAUUGUACAUUCGAUAAUGUACUACUACUAUUAUCUAACAUCUUCUGGUAAAAAACCCUCUUGGGGGGUUUUGAUUACAAUUUUGCAAAUAAGCCAAAUGAUCAUUGGCACAUUUCUCACUAUUUAUGGAUUAUAUUAUUCACAUUACUAUCCCUUCUCAAAUACUUUCCCUGUUACCUAUUUAAGUCAACCACUUAAAGUUGGAUGCCACUUCAAUAAGUCAAAUGGUAUUCUAGCAUGUUUAAUGUAUAUCUCAUAUCUCAUAUUAUUCUUUGAUUUCUUUAUCAAGAAAUAUGUAACUAAAGAAACUCCUUUGAUUGAGUGGGUUACAGCUAACAAGAAGAAAAGUGACUAG